AUGACCAACAAUGGACGCCCUGUGCGGAAUCUCAAGUCAUUUCCAAUCCUUCUUGCCAUCAUCACAUUAAAUUUUCUUUUAUUCUUCUCUCACCAAAGCAAUGACAACAACAAUAAUCGUUCAAGUGUAUUUGUACAGGCACAAUGGGUCUGGCAAAUUUGUAAAUCAGAUUCCUAUUGCAUGAAUGCCGGAACGUGCAACGCAGCAAGAACGGCCUGUGAUUGUAUGCCUGGUUUCACAAACGACCUCUCACGAGGAAUUAAAAAUUGUUCACUCAUUGAUUGUGUACAUGGAUCUCCCAUUUCGUCGACAGUGUCAUUGAACAAAGUAACUUCCUCAUCACCAGUAGUGAAUAUUUCAAGUGCAACCACAUUAUCCUCUCUACUCGUUUCAAAUUUUGGUGAUGCAAAUUCUCCAGUAUGUACAUGUCAACCUGGAUGGGGUGGAUUGGAUUGUAGACAAUGUACGACUGAUGCUGUUUGCAAAUCUUUAUUGAACAAUAAUAACAGUGUUUGUGAUAUGACCUAUAUUCCACAUAAAGAAAAACUUUAUAGUUGCGAAGUCACGUCACAAAGAAUGAUUCCACUCAUGGGAAAUUACAUCACAAUUGAUUGCAUGGGCAUGGAAAAUAGUGAAACAGAGGGAGGUACAUGUUAUUUUAGAGCUUUUGACAAGUCAGAUUCAUCAUUGGCAGAAACAUUUUAUUGCACAUUUCAUGAUUGUGUCCUUUCUCUUGGAGAGGAUGGUGUUCAAAUUGAAUACAAGUGCAAAUCUACAAGUGGAUGUAAUUGUUCAAUGAUUAGUCCCAAAUGUGAAAAUCCUUUUGUUAUAUUUAUCUUGUCUCACAUGACCGGUUAUGCUGAUGUGACUUGUAAUAAUGAGACAAAAUCUUGUAUUGUGAAACAUGAAAAUUUUCCUGGAAUUAUUGAAACAUUAUGUGAUCAUGCUUCUGAAUGUCUCGGAGAAUAUAUUCCACCACCCAAGCCACCAGUUCCAGAUUACACUAGACAAAUUGUUUCAGCAACUAUAGGUUCCAUAAUAUUACUGUUACUGAUCUUUGUAAUAAUAUUCAGUAUUAUUUACUCAAAAUAUCAAACACGAGUAAUAACGAGAGAAUACAAGGAAAUGAUGGAAACAGGCAAUAAUCAAUUUGGAGCAAAAUUGGAAAUAAGAAACUUGACAUACAUGAUCAGAACUUCAAAGAAAUUGAAAACUUUACAAGAUGUGAAUGGAGUCAAUGAAGAGGACAUUGCCAAAGAAGAGAGCGAAGAAGAAAGAGAACAAGUACUUCAUAUUAAGACCAAGAAUAGAAUUACUCUCUUACACGGUAUCACUCACAUAUUUAAACCUGGAAGUGUCACAGCCAUUAUGGGACCUUCUGGAGCAGGUAAAUCAUCACUUUUGGAUAUUCUUGCUGGAAGAUGCAAAACUGGAGAUGUGAGAGGAGAAUUACUCGUCAAUGACAAACCUAUUGAUUAUUCUCAAUACAAACGAAUGGCUGGCUACGUCUCACAACAAGAUGAUCACCUAAUGGGAACAAUGACUGUUUUUGAAUCCAUCAUGUUCAGUGCUGAGCUUCGGCUUCCAGACGCAAUUCCAUACGCAGAAAAGAAACGAAGAGUUGAACAAGUCAUGGAAGAGCUUGGAAUUUCACACAUUCGUGAUCGAAAAAUUGGUGACUCCAUGACAAGAGGAAUCAGUGGUGGUGAAAAACGUCGAGUCAGCAUUGCAUGUGAAUUGGUUAUUUCUCCUCAAAUAUUAUAUUGUGAUGAACCCACAUCAGGAUUGGAUUCUUAUCAUGCAGUUUCAGUCAUGAAAACUAUUUGUGAAUUAGCAACCAAACACAACAGAACGGUCAUUUUCAGCAUUCAUCAACCUCGUUCUAAUAUUUUUGAACAAUUUGAUAAUUUAUUGCUAUUGAAGGAUGGAAGAAUAUUUUACAGUGGAAGCGCUAUGGGUUCAUUGACCUAUCUCUCAAAACUUGGCUAUGAUUGUCCAGCUCACUAUAAUCCUGCUGACUUUUUGUUGGACACCAUGACCUUGCUCUCUGAGCAUUCUAAAUCAUCCCAUAACAAACAUGAUGAAAUAUUGCAUCAGAAUGCUGUCAAUAACCAUGAAAAAGAUUUUACACAGGAAACUCAUAUUGAACAACCUAUUUACAAAUCAUUUAACAGCAAUGAGGAUGGCGAAGGUGUUCCUCUCCUAAAAGCAGAUGAUUCAAAACCCAUCUAUGACAAGAAAAUUGAAGAAUAUGCAACAUCAUUUUAUACUCAAUUAUUUGUACUUUCUAAGAGGUGUUUUCAAAACUUUUAUAGAAAUCUCUAUUUAAUGCCAGCUCACUAUGCAAGUGCGAUAAUCAUGGGCUUACUUUUGGGUAUUGUUUAUUUCCAACAAGGAAAUAAUAUUCAGGCAUGUCAGAAUCGAAUGGGUUCUAUAUUCUUUAUGUGUGCUUUAUUGAAUUUUGCUGCCAUGUCCAGUCUCGAAUUAUUUAUUACUGAGAGAACAAUUUAUGUGAGAGAACGAGCGAAUGGUUAUUAUUAUUCAUUUGCUUACUUUUUGUCUAAGAUUUUGUUUGACUUGAUUCCUCUCAGAGUUAUUCCUCCGAUUUUAAUGGGAAGCAUUGCCUAUUGGAUGAUUGGAUUGAGAGAAAUCAGUUCACACUUCUUCUGGUUCCUUCUUAUUUUGAUUAUUUUCAACAUUGCAAGUGGUGCGCUUUGUUAUUGCAUUGGAGCCAUUGCACCAAAUGUUGGAUCAGGAAAUUUAUCAAGUAUUUUGUUAAUUCUUGGAAAUAUGCUCAUGGCUGGAUUUAUUUUGAACAUUGAAUCUCUUCCUGUCUAUUUGUCAUGGAUCAAAUACUUUUCAUAUUUUGGAUAUGCCUAUGAAGCACUUUUAAUUAAUGAGUUGCAUGGUUUUCCAAUUGUGAUCGAUCCAAAGGGUUUUCCAUCAUUCCCAGGAGAUGGUGAUUUCUUCUUAAAAGAAUUAGGUUUUCAGUAUGAAAACUUUUAUGCAGAUGUUAUUCUUACGUCACUCUUUGCUGUAUUCUUUAUUGUGCUGGCAGGAUUUUUAUUGAGAUUCUUUGUGAAAGAAAAAAGAUAA